AUGGCGGCGGGAGUAGUAGGAUUGCGAGGCAUAGCGGUGGCGGUGGUGGUGGUAGGGCUGGUGUCGUCGGCGGCGGCGCACGUGUUCGUGGGGGCGUACAACAAGACGUGCCCGCAGGCGGAGGAGAUGGUGUACAAGGAGAUGACGGACAUCCUGGGGAAGUCGCCGGAGGUGGGCGGGGCGAUACUGAGGCUGUUCUCGGUGGACUGCUUCGUGGGCGGCUGCGAGGGCUCCAUCCUGCUCAACUCGACGCCGGGCCACACCGCGGAGAAGGACUCGCCGCUGAACAAGGGGGUCCGCGGCUACGAGGUGGUGGACGCCAUCAAGGCCAAGCUCGACGCCGCCUGCCCCGGCAUCGUCUCCUGCUCCGACACGCUCGCCCUCGCCGCCCGCGACGCCGUGCGCCUGAGGAAAGGGCCGUACAUCCCACUUCCGACAGGGCGGAGAGAUGGCAACACCUCUAACGCCGCCGAUGUGGGGCCCAACUCUCCUGCCCCCGGCGCCACCGUCUCCGACCUCCUCACCCUCUUCGCCAAGUUCAACUUCACCGCCAAGGAUCUUGUCGUCCUCUCCGGUGCGCAUACCAUCGGCAAGGCGCACUGCUCCACCAUCUCCCCCCGCCUCUACGGCAACGCCUCCGUCCCCGACCCCCCGCUCGACGCCAACUACACGGCGGCUCUCCGCGGUCUCUGCAAGCCUGGCGACGCCGACACCCUCGUCGACCUCGACCCCGGCAGCCCCGCCACCUUCGACACCGACUACUACAAGCAGGUGGCCACGCAGCGUGGCCUCCUCUCCACCGACGCCGCGCUGCUCCUCAACGCCGACACCAGGGCCUACGUCCUCCGCCAGGCCAACGCCACCUCCGACGACGAGUUCUUCAGCGACUUCAUCGUCUCCUUCGUCAACAUGAGCAAGAUCGGCGUGCUCACGCACUCCCACGGCGAGAUCAGGCAAAAGUGCUCCGCCGUCAACCCGCCCUCGUCCUCGCCCUCCACCUCCGCCGCCGCCAUCGCCACCUCGCUCGCCGGCUCGCUCCUCUUCCUCCUCGCGGGUGCCCUCGUGCUGCUCUUCUGAUCUCGACCGAUCACACAUCAUAUAUAUUCAUCCUGCCGCCUCUGCUCAUAUAUUGCACGACUUUAUAUUAUUUGGACAAACUACAUGCUGCUGUCAAAACGUACUGUUCGUUCGUCGUCGCUCAGGAUUUAUUUGUUUUACACAAAAUGAUUUCCUUGUCUUUCCCUUAAUCUAUUAUAUAUCUAUGGGUGCUUUUGCUUAUAUAGUUUUCAAAGGGAGAAAUUUGUUUUUGGGGGGAGAUGAUUAAAUUUCUGAUUGUGACUGUAGCCUUUGGCCGGCAAUUAAGGACCAAACACUUCGUGGAUGUACGUACUGCUGCUUUAACUUGUUGGGAAUAAUGAAUUGGGCCCGUCAGCCACUCGU